UCAUGUGUACACACCCCCAUCCUCGGAACUUCAUGUUGACAACUAUGCAAAGAUGUUGCAAAUGAAAAAUCGUAUAAAAUAUUGCUCUUUGGCAAUUGCUGCGACCAGGUUGUUUUCGUCUGGACCCGUCAAAAAUCCAGUCGUGUAUUUUGACAUCGCAGCUGACAACGAACCUCUGGGACGAAUCAUUAUAGAGUUGAAUGCAGCUGCUGUGCCCAAAACAGCAGAGAACUUUAGAGCACUGUGCACUGGGGAACAUGGCUUUGGAUACAAAGGAUCAGUGUUCCACAGAGUGAUUCCUGAGUUCAUGUGUCAGGGAGGAGAUUUCACGCAUCACAACGGGACGGGAGGGAAGUCCAUAUACGGGACCAAGUUUAAAGACGAGAACUUCAAACUGAAACACAAUGGGCCAGGUAUCUUAUCCAUGGCAAAUUCAGGGGCGAACACGAACGGUUCUCAGUUCUUCAUCUGCACAGUUAAAACUGAAUGGUUGAAUGAUAAGCAUGUGGUCUUUGGUCAGGUGAAGGAGGGCAUGGAGGUAGUCUUCAAGAUGGAAUCCUUUGGUUGUCAUGACGGUGGUGUGGUAAAGAAAAUCGCCAUCACGGACUGUGGGGAGAUCAAGUAAAACACACAGACAGACAGGUUGGAGAAGGUCACUAUGGACAACAACUCUUGGAAACGUCCAAUUUUGUAAACGUUUUUUAACUCUUCUGUUUUCCUCACCCAAUUAAAAAAUGAAAACCACAAAUACACCAGCUGUCUCUCAUACAUGUAGUCUCUUGUCAGCUGUCUCAUACAUGUAGUCUCUUGUCAGCUGUCUGUCAUACAUGUAGUCUUUUGUCAGCUGUCUCUCAUACAUGUAGUCUCUUGUCAGCUGUCUCUCAUACAUGUAGUCUCUUGUCAGCUGUCUGUCAUACAUGUAGUCUUUUGUCAGCUGUCUGUCAUACAUGUAGUCUUUUGUCAGCUGUCUGUCAUACAUGUAGUCUUUUGUCAGCUGUCUGUCAUACAUGUAGUCUUUUGUCAGCUGUCUGUCAUACAUGUAGUCUCUUGUCAGCUCUGUCUUUCAUACAUGUAGUCUCUUGUCAGCUGUCUGUCAUACAUGUAGUCUCUUGUCAGCUGUCUCUCAUACAUGUAGUCUUUUGUCAGCUGUCUCUCAUACAUGUAGUCUCUUGUCAGCUGUCUCUCAUACAUGUAGUCUAUUGUUAGCUGUCUCUCAUCCAUGUAGUCUAUUGUCAGCUGUCUCUCAUACAUGUAGUCUAUUGUCAGCUGUCUGUCAUACAUGUAGUCUCUUGUCAGCUGUCUGUCAUACAUGUAGUCUCUUGUCAGCUGUCUGUCAUACAUGUAGUCUCUUGUCAGCUGUCUCUCAUACAUGUAGUCUCUUGUCAGCUGUCUCUCAUACAUGUAGUCUCUUGUCAGCUGUCUCUCAUACAGGUAGUAUCUUGUCAGCUGUCUCUCAUACAUGUAGUCUUUUGUCAGCUGUCUGUCAUACAUGUAGUCUUUUGUCAGCUGUCUGUCAUACAUGUAGUCUCUUGUCAGCUGUCUGUCAUACAUGUAGUCUCUUGUCAGCUGUCUGUCAUACAUGU